AUGAGCAUCCAGAGAGGCUGCCUCUUGGGCCAGCUCUCCGUGACGCCCUUGUUCGUCAGCGACUUCACUGCUUGCUGGCUCGUCAACAUGGCAGCUUACGAGGCCUCCGUGGCCAUCACAUAUCCAUCAGACGGCUUCGCCAUCAGCUCGUACAUCUCUGCCCUAGCAAUGCUCAUGGACAAGGAAGAGGACGUGCACCAGCUGCGAGCCAAGCACCUCAUUCACAGCUUCUUCAGUGACCAUGAGCUGCUUGUUUUCUUCAAGAGCCUCGCCCGCCACAUGCGCCUCGGCCACCGCUACUUCGUCAUCACAGAGAAGAUUCACAACUUCAAGCGUGAAAGGCCUCUGAGAAUCACCAUGCAUAGGUUCGUCUACAACAACUUCAGGGUCAUCGUCGCGGUGCUCUCUAUUGUAAGUGUGCUCGUGGGUAUCUUCAGAACCUUGAUGAGUCUCAAGCAGCAUCAACCAUAG